GAGCAUCGACCUAUCGCAAAAGAACAGAGAUGCGCCACUUAUGUAGCAUAGCUCAUAAACAAUUCUCCGGCAAUUUGGAGAAAGAUACCUAUGUGGUAGUUUUUGCUUGUAGUUAGGAGUACCCUGACUUAUUGAUCGAAUAAUUUUUAAAAGAAUUUCUUCUGCCUCUUUGGUUACGCCAUGGAUCCAAUUAAACUACAGCAAGAUCUCAGAAACAACCAGGAGGAUGUACAGAGCUACAUGCGCGACCUCCGAAACUGGACUGAUCAGAUAAAGAAGAAGGAUAAGGAACUUACAUCUCAAUCUAAGCGGGCCCAGCCGACAGAGAGCUCACAAUCUAAAGGCUCUGGUGACUCAAAGAGGCCUAAGGCACCGUCACCCACCGAGGGAGACGGAAAGAAACGAACCGUGAGAGUAGAGAAUGAACCGUCGGAGGAGGUGCUCAGACUUAAAGAAGCGGGGAACGAAUGCCUGAAGAACAAGGAAUAUGAAAAGGCGAUCACGCACUAUUCCACUGCCAUGAAGCUGGAUCCCAACUACCACGUUCUUCCUGCCAAUCGUGGCAUGGCCUAUUUGAAGCUGAACUCUUUUGAAAAGGCAGAGGAAGACUGCGGGAAAGCAGUUGCGCUUGACCCCGGAUAUAUCAAAGGCUACCUCAGGAGAGGGACAGCUCGUUUGGAGCUGGGGAAGCUCCAGUUGGCAAAAGAAGACUACCAGAAGGUUCUAAAGCUGGAGCCACACAACCCUCAGGCCAAAAGAAGCAUGGAGCGGAUCAAACUGGAAGAGGACAAGCAGGCGCGACUUAAAACAACUAAAAGGAAAAGUGAUCUCCCCACCUCCAGUGAUCCGAGUAGCAAAACGUCCAGACCACUCGAUCAAACCCCACCAGUCAAAGAAAAGCCUGCGCACUUGCGAUCUAAAACCCAACUGAAGAAAAUACACAUCGAGCAGGUGGGGAACGACGCCGAGCUUGAGAACUACAUCAAUGGCUCCUGCAAUGUUAAUUCUGAAGCUGCUUCUGAAACUGGUGGUGAAGAAGCGGGGCAGUCACCAUCUGUCAAUGGCGACGUGACGCAAAAUGGGACCGCUGAACCGAGUGAGCCAGAGGAAAAGCAAUGUCCUGCGCCAGAGGAGCCGAGUGCAGAGGCGUCCUUGCCAAAGGUGGACCAGGCGCCGGAGCCAGACCCGAAGGAAGCCCCUCCUCCCGAGGUCGUGGCUACACCGGCCAUGGCCGUGCCGGCGGCGCCCAGGUCCUCGUACGAGUUCGUCCGCGACUGGAAACUGCUGAGGACGCACGGCGAGUUGCGGAGUCAGUACCUGCGGCAGAUCCCGCCCGGCGACUACGCGAGCAUCUUCAAACAGGCGCUGGAGGAGAGCACUCUGGUGGAGAUCCUGCGGGUGGCCGAGACGCUGCCGGCCGCAGAGAUCGGCUCCCACCUGCGCGGCCUGAGUCAAGUGCGGCGGGUGGACGUGCUCGUCAUGUUCAUGAGCUCCCAGGACAGGAAGCUGCUCCAGGGCCUGGUGAGCAGGUGUGAGGAGGACGGUCAGGAUAUGAGCGAUGUGAAAAAGCGGGUCGGCGUGUAGGUCGUAUUUGUAGCCGAUCUGAAUUCAGUCGAUGGCUUCUCCAUCUGUCGUUCGCGAGUUGUUUUUGCGUUCUGGAGUCCCGCUGUUGCCAAGAGCUGUGAUCAUUAUAUCCGUGCAUACGAGUAACCUAGAACGUUGGUCAAUACAGUCGUUUUUUUUAUUUA